GCAUUGUGGGACGAGGGCCGACGGUGAAGUCAAGAUGGCUGUGGACCUGAAGCAGGGUGAAGAGCCUGCAGUAGAAAGGCCGUGAAUGAAGUUUUACACCGAACAUCUGUCGUCGUCGCUGCUGGUGAAGUCGUAAUCGACCCCCGUCCCGGACUCGGCACGUUUGCAAACCUGCAGCAGGAUCGCGAAAACAACGGAGGAGGAAGUCUCGUAUGAAUUCCGACGAGAAGGAAGACUGUGAGUGUGCGCCACCACAGGCCGAGACCAGCCCCGCAGGAGGACCCGAUAGAGAAUACGAGGAGCCUGAAAUAGAAAACCCAGAAGCAAGCCGAAUGAAGCGAGCAGCUGCCAAGCAUCUAAUAGAGCGCUAUUACCACCAGUUAACAGAGGGCUGUGGGAAUGAGACAUGCUCCAACUCAUGGUGUGCCUCGUCCGUCGGCUUCAACCGCAUGGAUAACAAUGCGGCGGCGGUCAAGGCCCUGGAGCUCUACAAGGUUAACGCCAAGCUAUGUGACCCCCACCCCUCGAAGAAGGGCACUGCCUCUGCCUACCUGGAGAGCAGCGCCCGCAGCAACUCGGCCUGCCUCAACAGGAAGAUGAACCAUAAAGAUGUCCACUCUGCACGGGACAAUUUCAAAGAUGUGAAUUACCUCACAGAGGAGAAAGUGUAUGAGAUCUUGGACAUCUGUGGAGAGAAGGAGGAUUAUUCGCCUCUGAUCCGGGUACUAGGUCGGGUGUUCUCUAGCGCUGAGGGCCUGGUGGAGAGCUUCAGGAGAUCCAAGCCUCACACCAAGGAGGAGCUCAAGUCCCUUCAAGGUAAAGACGAGGACAAAGACGAGGAUGAGAAGGAGGCUGCUGCCUGCUCUGCCACAGCCAUGGAGGACGACUCCCCCGCCUCCUCCUCCUCCUCAUCAAGGCUGGGUGAGGGCUCUUCAGAGAAAAACGAUGUCCAAAAGCUGGCCCCGGAUGAGGUGUCGGUGGACAUCGAAGCUGUGCGCCGGGUCUACGAGCGCCUCCUAUCCAACGAGAAGAUUGAAGCCGCCUUCCUGAAUGCACUGGUCUACCUCUCACCCAAUGUAGAGUGCGACUUGACGUACCACAAUGUGUAUUCACGAGACCCGAACUACCUUAACCUGUUUGUUAUCGUGAUGGAGAACAGCAACCUCCACAGCCCAGAGUACCUGGAGAUCGCCCUCCCACAGUUCUGCAAGGCCAUGAGCAAACUCCCGCUGCCAGCACAGGCCAAGCUAGCGCGCUUGUGGGCGCACUACAGCGCCGAGCAGAUCCGGCGCAUGGUGGAGACCUUCCAGCAGCUCAUCACCUACAAGGUGAUCAGCAACGAGUUCAACAGCCGCAACCUGGUCAACGACGACGACGCAGUGGUGGCGUCCACCAAGUGCUUGAAGAUCGUCUACUAUGCAAACGUGCUGGGCGGCGAAAUCGACAUGGAGCAUAACGAGGAAGAGGACGAGGAGCCCAUCCCAGAGUCCAGUGAGCUCACGCUGCAAGAGCUGCUGGGCGAGGAGCGGCGGAACAAGAAGGGCCCGCGGGUGGACCCCGUGGAGACGGAGUUGGGGAUCCGCACCAACGACUGUCGGCGGCCGCUCAUUCCCUUCGAGGAGUUUGUCAAUGAGCCUCUGAACGAGGUGCUGGAGAUGGACAAGGACUACACUUUCUUUAAGGUUGAAACCGAAAACAAGUUCUCCUUCAUGACGUGUCCCUUCAUCCUAAACGCCGUCACCAAGAACCUGGGCCUGUACUACGACAACCGCAUCCGCAUGUACAGUGAGCGGCGCAUUACUGUGCUCUACAGCUUGGUGCAGGGCCAGCAGCUGAACCCCUACCUGCGGCUCAAAGUGCGCAGAGACCACAUCAUUGACGACGCCUUGGUCAGAUUGGAAAUGAUAGCGAUGGAGAAUCCUGCAGACUUGAAGAAGCAGCUGUAUGUGGAGUUUGAAGGAGAGCAAGGUGUUGAUGAAGGAGGCGUUUCCAAAGAGUUUUUCCAGCUGGUGGUGGAGGAAAUCUUCAACCCAGAUAUUGGCAUGUUCACAUAUGAUGAGCGCACCAAAAUGUUUUGGUUCAACCCGUCGUCUCUUGAAAACGAGGGCCAGUACACUCUGAUCGGCAUCGUCCUCGGUCUGGCAAUCUAUAACAACUGUAUCCUGGAUGUCCACUUCCCCAUGGUGGUCUACAGGAAGCUGAUGGGCAAGAAAGGAACGUUCAGGGACCUGGCUGACGCCAACCCGGUUCUGCACCAGAGCCUGAAGGAGCUGAUGGAGUACGAGGGCAGCGUGGAGGAGGACAUGAUGAUCACUUUCCAGAUUUCCGAGACCGACCUGUAUGGGAACCCACUCAUGUAUGAUUUAAGGGAAAACGGGGACAAGAUUCCAGUCACGAAUGAAAACAGAAAGGAGUUUGUGGCGCAGUAUGCAGAGUACAUGCUGAACAAAAGUGUGGAGAAGCAGUUCAAAGCCUUCAGGAGAGGCUUCCACAUGGUCACCAACGAGUCGCCGCUCAAAUACCUGUUCAGACCAGAGGAAAUCGAGCUGCUCAUCUGCGGAAGCAGGAACCUGGACUUCCUAGCACUUGAAGAAACGACAGAAUAUGACGGCGGUUACAACAGAGAUUCUCGAAUCAUCAAGGAGUUCUGGGAGACGUUGCACUCGUUUGGGGAGGACCAGAAGCGGCUCUUCCUGCAGUUCACCACUGGCACGGACCGAGCACCUGUGGGCGGGCUGGGCAAGCUGAAGAUGAUCAUUGCCAAGAACGGCCCUGACACAGACAGGUUACCGACGUCUCACACUUGCUUUAACGUGCUGCUGCUGCCAGAGUACAACGACGUGGAGAAGCUGCGAGAGAGACUGCUGAAAGCCAUCACCUAUGCCAAAGGGUUUGGCAUGCUCUGAGCCCCCCGCUCCACACACUCAGCAAAAAGGGACUCCUUCUCAGACAGCCCACCAAACCCGGCCCCCCACCCCAACGCCCCGCCCUUCCUUUAUCAGACACGAUCCCAACGGUGACAAAGACCGACAGAGUACGUUCCGAGGAAAAGCAAGUCAAUAAUACGAGAGGAGACAAGGCUCCAAUAGAGCGCUCUGGUAGUUCUUCUGCUGUGCCUGCAUCAUCCCUCAUCAGUCAGUGUGAGCCCAGAGACCUCCUGAUCAAAGUACCCCCCCCCACACACACACACACACACAUCACAUUAAGUGAAUGUGCCGCAGCCUCCCCUUUCUUUUUUUUUCUAUGUACAGAGAGGAUCAGUUUCCUUAUUAUUUAUUUGAAGGCAAAAAUGGGUGAUUAUUAUUUUAUUUUUUCAUGCCUGCCUGUUUCUUCCCUACUUGUGGAAAGGGAUAGAGGUUAAUAUUAAACUAUGUAAAUUUAGGACGAUACAUUAACAAGUCAAUAUAAAAACUCCUGUAUUGAACAAAACGCUGUUAGUGUAGCCCUGAGUUCACGGAGCGUUGACAGAGGAAAUCUAGUUCUAGAAUAGUGUUGAAUACAAAAUAUUGUAUCCCCAAGUGAGGAGAAGAGCUCUCGCUGACCACUCCACUCACCGCUAUCACUUGUUCUUUCUACCAAGGUAAGAAAUUUGGAAAUUCUGUCAUUUGCUCCAAAUUGGCAUUAUACAAUAGCAAUUUUUCUGUUUUUGUUUUGGGCCUUUUUAUAUCCUUUCGGGGAGGGGGGAGCUGACACCGCAGGUUAGAGUCAAACCUUGUCAGAGCUGUGUAAGUGCACUUAGACAUUUUCAGAAUGUUUGUUUUUUGGCCACAGGUCGCCACGAUUGUUUGAGGCAUUUUAUUUCCAUGUCUUCCUGUGUUGACAAUUCUAACUAAAAUUAAAAAAAACUAAAAAUAGCAGUAUUUAUAUAUCAGUGGGGUUGGAGCUGUGAUACCGUAUCGUGCAUGUUCUGGAGGAUGUACAC